GCAAAAUCUAUGUUAUAGGAAUGUUCCUUUGAUAAGUUAGAAUAAUUGUAGGAAAAUAUAGCCAAUUUAUAUAAUUAAAGUUAUUCAGGCAAGUGCUGUUUUAUAAAAAUGAACCAUGGUGAAUGUUAUGAAAGGCGUUCUCGUCGAAUGUGAUCCGGCUAUGAAACAGUUCCUUCUUCACCUGGACGAGACCUUAGCUCUAGGCAGGAAGUUUAUCCUCCAAGACCUGGAUGAAACACAUCUGUUCAUAUCUGCAGACAUAGUGGAAACUCUGCAAGCUCGCGUGGAUGAUUUGAUGGACCAACUUAGUAUACCAGUACAUGACAAGGGAAUGUAAAGAUGGCUACACACGGGAGAGGUAAUAGGGAAACAGAGAGGAGGAAGAUUCUAGACGAUGCGGCUAGGAAACGCAGAGCUAGAAAAGCAGUCGAGGCCCUCGAGCAAGACAAUUUCCAUGAAGACCCA